CAACGUUCUUACAACGACAACCUGCGCUUGCGCAAACAGCGUGUUUCCCUUAGCAACUGAGCUGGACCACGGUGGCAAUUUGUUGUCUGCUCCUGCGUUCAUCCUAAAUCCGUGAAAUUUUACCAGUUUCAUUGACAAUAUCUAGCCAAAUCGAGCAACAUGGCUGAAAACGGCACUGAGGAUAUAAAUAAGCUGGAUUUGAUUCGCACUAUUGGUUUCAACGGCAAUAUACCUGGAGGUUUGAAAGUACAUCCAAACCGUCAGCAUGUGGUUUACGCACUUGGUAAUACAGUCAUUGUAGAAGACAUAACCAGUCAUCAACAGUGUUUUCUUUCUGGUCACACAAAUGAUGUUUCAUGCUUGACUGUCUCAAAAAGUGGUAAUUAUCUUGCAUCUGGUCAAGUCACACACAUGGGCUUCAAGGCUGACGUAAUUAUCUGGGACUUUGAGAAACGAGAAUUGUAUGCCAGACUGACACUACACAAAGUUAAAGUGGAAUCCCUUGCAUUUUCUCCCAAAGACAAAUACUUGGUAACAGUAGGAGGACAAGAUGAUGGCAGUGUUGUUGUGUGGAAUAUUGCUAAGAAGGAAGCUAUUUGUGGUAGUCCAGCUGCAGUACCAAGUGAUGGAACUACUAUGUGUGUCACUUAUGCCAACAUGUGCGAUGAAACAUUUAUAACUGGUGGAAAUGGUACAUUAAGAAAGUGGAAAUUGGACCUAUCAAACAGAAAAAUUCGCCCAACUGAUGUCCGAAUGGGGCAACUUAAGCGUAUAGUUAAAUGUAUUGAGAUAGAUGAGGCAGAUGAAUUUAUCUACUGUGGAACCACCAGUGGUGACAUACUGAAAGUCGGAGUAAACACGUGUAUAAUGGCAGAAUAUGGACCUGUCAAGGAGAAAUUUAGUCUUGGUAUUAUGGCAAUAGGUCUUCUCAAGUCUGAAGAAAUUAUUGUAGGUGCUGGUGAUGGAACUGUUGCUCUUGUACGUAAGACACUCAAAAGAAAAAAGAUUAGUAAAGUGACUGGAGGAGUAACAUCAAUUGCUUUGAGAGGCUUAGGACAUCAGUUUUUUGUUGGUACUAGCCUUGCAGAAUUAUACCAAUGUAACCUGGGAGAAUUCACAUUUGACUUGGUCAAAACAUGUCAUUACUCUGAUGUACUUGAUGUUACAUUCCCAGCGGGAGCAUCUCAGUUGUUUGCCACCUGUUCUAAAAAUGAUAUUCGUAUUUGGUCAACGACAACAGGAGCUGAAAGACUACGAAUCACUGUCCCAAACUUGACAUGUAAUGGUAUUGACAUCAUGGAAAAUGGUAGUAGUAUUGUUAGUGCCUGGGAUGAUGGUAAAAUCAGAGCUUUCUAUCCUGAAUCUGGAAAACUAAUGUAUGUGAUCCAUGAUGCUCAUAACAAAGGUGUCACGGCUUUGGCUACUACUUCUGAUUGCCGGCGUAUAGUCAGUGGUGGCAGUGAAGGUCAACUACGUAUCUGGGACAUUCAUGAAAAAGAACAGAAAUUGGUGACAGCAAUGAAAGAACACAAGGGAAAAGUUGCAUGUAUAAGACUGCGCAAAACAGUUGCAGAAUGUGUGAGUGCAAGUGAAGAUGGCACAUGUAUUAUCUGGGAUUUGCAGAACUUUUUGCGUAAACAAGUCAUCUUUGCAAACACAUUGUUCAAGUGUGUGUGUUAUCAUCCUGAAGAAUUCCAAAUUGUCACCAGUGGGUCAGAUCGAAAGAUUGGUUACUGGGAAACAUUUGAUGGCUCUCAGAUUCGUGAAUUAGAUGGUGCACAGUCAGGUGCAAUUAAUGGUAUGGAUAUUUCAAGUAAUGGCAAGAACUUUGUGACUGGAGGAGACGAUAAAAUCAUUAAGCUUUGGGGGUACAAUGAAGGCGCAGUUACACAUGUUGGUAUGGGCCACAGUGGAAGCAUCACCCGUGUUAAGAUUUGUCCCUGUUUAAAUUACAUCGUGAGUGUUAGUGCUGAUGGUGCAAUUCUCAUCUGGAGAUACCCUGACUAAUAUGCGCAACAUUAAGUAUCAUCAUUCAUGUGAUUUUUUUUUGACAAGAGACAUGAGAAAAUUAUGCUGUAUAAAAGAAAUAACUUUGCUAGCACAUGACCACCAUCCAUCAAUUCAAUCUAAUUUCCCUAUUAUUUAGUUGCAUUCAGAAUCCCUGUGAAAUGUGUCCUAAAAUGUUAAUUGUAGACAAGAAUCUUACAAGUAACAAUUAUGCUUCUCUUUCAUUGUAACAGCAAACAACAAGCAUGUGAGACUGUGACCACCUUAGGUUGUUGGUCAUGUGCUAAAUCUUUUCCCGACCAUGCCUGAAACCCCAAACUGACUGCAAGCCAUAACUUACUUUUCAAAGAAUCUGGCAAAUAAUGUGGGCUAUAUGUUUAUUGGCAAGAAGGGGAAAAAGGGGUUGACAUUAUAUAUAUUGUUUUUUUGUUAUUCAGAGAGCAGAUUCAGACAAAUGUAUCUUACUAAACAUUUAAACGAAACCCAUCUUUUGUAUAUAAGUAUUGGUAUUAAUAUCAACUUCACUGCAGUUUUGGAAUUUUGUAAAUUAGUAAAUUGCUGCUUUUUAUUACUUUUGCUAUGAUUUUAAAAUUCCUAAGUGCAUGCACAUUUAAAAUGACAAAAAUUGUGUAUGGCAAACAAAAUCAUAUUUAAUGUUGCCUGCUGUAAAAUCAAAGUGAUUCUCAUACAGUUGGUUCUUUCAUAUAUACUUAAAAUAUCUGUGUAAUUAUUUUUUUGUAUCUAGUGUUUAGU